CUGGCCUUCACCAUCUCCAGCUCCACCAACCACCUCAUCAACGCUCUCCCUAACCAAUACUUGGACCUCUUCAACGCCACCGACCUAGCUGGCAACUUCAGUACUACCCGUACAUUCGCCGUCGAGUUCGACACCGUCCCUGAUUUUGAGUUAGGAGGUAACGAAAACCACAUCGGCAUCGACAUUCACAGCUUAAGGUCCAAUGGUUCCGUUGCCGCUGCCUAUUACCCUGACGACGGUGAUGGCUCCACCCGAAUUUCAAGUGUGGAUUGA